UCUUUGGAGCCUAGGUCUAUAGUAGGCCCCCAGCCCAAGGCUUAUUGAUACUGAGCCCAUGACCUCAGCCGGUGGCUGUGGUUAAAAGCCCGACACACCACCCUGUAGUCCUCCUCGCAGCUCCCAUCGUCAUCUGCAGAUGGAAAAUAAGUCUGCUCUGCCUGGUCCCUCUCAGGGGACGGUUAGAGAGGCCCACGGCCUGCUCGAGGUUGAUAAGAAGCCCAGCUUCACCCUUAGAAGAUAAAGCUCCUGUUCCUAGGGCCUUCGGUGCUCAAGAGUGUGGAGCGUAAAGGCUGAGGAACCGCGUUUUAGCUGGGGCUCAUGAGAGUGUGUGAGGAGGUCCGAAGUCCAUGGGGCUCCUGGCCUGCAGUGUCUUGAUUAAGAAAAUGGAACCUCUCCCGGGAUGGGAGUCGUCACCCUGGAGCUGGGCAGACAACACCUUCAGGCUGGUGCCGUGUGUCUUCCUUUUGAACUUGCUGCAGUGUAUCUCUGCCCAGCCCUUGUGCAGACAGGAGGAGUUUUCUGUUGGGGAUGAGUGCUGCCCCAUGUGCAAUCCAGGUUACCAUGUGAAGCAGGUCUGCAGUGAGCAUACAGGCACAGUGUGUGCCCCCUGUCCCCCACAGACCUAUACCGCCCAUGCGAAUGGCCUGAGCAAGUGUCUGCCCUGCGGAGUCUGUGAUCCAGACAUGGGCCUGCUGACCUGGCAGGAGUGCUCCAGCUGGAAGGACACUGUGUGCAGAUGCAUCUCAGGUUACUUCUGUGACAACCAGGAUGGGGGCGCCUGUUACACAUGCUUGCCUCACGCUGCCUGCCCUCCAGGACAGAGGGUACAGAAGAGAGGUACUUACAGCCAUGACACUGUAUGUGCUGACUGCCUGUCAGGAACCUUCUCACUUGGCGGGACUCAGGAGGAAUGCCUGCCCUGGACCAAGUGCGGUACCUUUCAACGGGAAGUAAAACAUGGGACCAGCAGCACAGACACCACCUGCUCCUUCCAGGACGUCUACAUCGUUGUGUUCACCCUUUUGGGAUUUCUGAUAGUGGGAGUUGUGAUAGUGGGGCCAGCUGUAUUCUUCUGCAAGCAAAGACGGCGGCAUACCAGCCCAGUGGCUAGUGAGCUGGAGGCUUUCCAGCGGGAGCAACAAGAGGACACCAUCAGGUUUCCAGUCAUCGAGGUUGGUCCUCCUGUGACUGAGGAGGAGGCAGCCUUCAACUGCAUGAAUUCGGGGUGAUGAGACACCUUGGAGACCCUGACGGGAAGCUUCCAUAUGCCAGGGGGGCACGGCAGAUGCCCUGGGCUGCUACAGCAUCACAUGGAAGGGGAGAUGUUG